GAUCAAGCUGAUCAAGGGAUCAAGGGUAUGGUCAUAUGUAAACAUCUGCUAAUAUAUUAUUUGUUCCUCGUUAGUACUUAAUCUGGUAACACCUUUUGAUAAACUAUUAGUCAAAAUAUUUCAACUGCUGUCUCUUUUUGAAAUGGUAUGCCGACAAUUUUGAUAUGGCGAGAUAAUUUUAAGCGGAAUAGGAGUGUGGUUCAAACAAAGUGUUUAAACUUGAGUGCUUAAAUGGACGCUUUCACCGUGGUUAUCAUCUUACCAUGAAUAAAAUAAUGGUGUGAAGUUCACGCAAAACGUUGAUGAACUGUUAUCAGAGAUGAUGAUACUUGACAUCUUGAUGUAUAUCCCAUUUUUGGUGGGUGUAUUUGGUGAUGCUGUUGUUGGCGACAAGGCAACCAACGUCUCCUCUUCUCAAAACAAGAAUGCAAGCUGCUUUGAUUCGGAACUUGAUUUCCAGUUGAUAGACAAAGAUUAUGACUCGAAGUUCUGGCCCAACUAUAAAGAGGUCGAAAAAUGCAUCAGCAAUCUAGAUCCCAACGAGGGAAUAGGAGAUAAAUUACCUCACUCCUGUGCCUAUCCAAUCGCCAUCGGACUCAAGCUGAUCGAUUUAAAGGACAUCAAUAUCGCCGAAAACCUUAUUUCUAUGGAAAUAGCCUAUAUGGAGCAGUGGAUAGACAAUCGAAUCAUUUUGCCAUCUUUUAUGAAUUCGGAGUGCGUCUCUGCCGAUCAGCUACGUUCUGUGAUUUAUUUAGAACCACUUCAUCACUAUCGUGCCAUCAUUUGGUCACCGGACUUUUAUAUAAGAGGCUGUCUCGGAUCUCGCAUUUCAAGCGUAAUCAAAUCAUCUGAAGCCCUUGUCUUGCACGACAACAAGAUGAUCGAUAAUCUCGUAACAAUGCAUAUGAUAUUGAUGUGUCCUAUGGACUUUCAAUACUAUCCCUUCGAUGAGCAAAUAUGCAAUUUUACAAUUGAAAGUUAUGGAAGUUUCCACAAGAGAAUCGCUAUUGUAUGGCUGCCGAAUGGGCUGCAAAAGCUUUCAGAGUUCAGGUUGGAAGGUUAUGAUGUUGACGUAGUGCAGCAACAUCCAUCAGUGAUUGAGUACGGCGGCUAUGUUUUUCCUCAGCUAAAGGCAACGUUCAUUUUUCGCCGUAUUCGCAUUAAAUAUGUGCUUCUUAUAUACGUGCCCAGCAUGCUGCACUUCGUCAUUGCAUGGCUGGCAUUCUUUUUGCCGAAGGAAGUCUCGCAAGGCCGAUGCAUCAUCAACUGCUCGACAACUUUGUCACUGGUCUCAAUGCUGUCGGUGUACACCCGAAACAGCCCACAUGGCGGAUACGUCAAGGUGAUGGACAUCUGGUGCUACUUCUCCAUACUCUUCCAGUUUGUCUGCACGCUGGAUGCCAUGAUAGACACCCGGCUGCUUUACAUGGCUGGUAACAUCAAGCGAAACCCCUUAGAGAGCGGCACACGAUACGUGUGGGGACUUGUGACGGACACUUCUCAUUGGCUCGGGAAGGAAGUACGUCUGGUGCGCACCCGGGACGAGGGGCGUGGUUUCGACGAGACUGCACGCGACAUCCGCAGGCUGACGCACAUCAGUCAGGCUCAGAAGGCUCCAGAACAAAGUGCAGCAAAGGGGACCGGCGGCACGCUGCGAAACUACCGGGCCUCGCCCCGCUACUACAGGUUCCUGCGACUGCUGGUGUCCUAUCAGGAGUGGUCACAGUACAUCUGCCUCAUGUGGUACUUGGUGUUCCUGCUGGGCUAUUAUGUUUUGUGCGUACCGUGAGUUGGCUGUAUGCGAUGGAACUAUAAAGUUAUUCAAAAGCUA